GUGAAACGGCAUUUAGUUGGUUGAAAACAUUGUUUCUAGUUGAGUCUCUGUUGUUGACUCAUAUGAAACAUUGCAAGGGUCUGGUACGCAUGUAUUCAUUUAUAUCCAUUCAAGCAGACUGCAAGCAAACUGCAUAUAAUUUUAGUGGAUGAGAGCAGAACGCCCUUGCCUUUAUAGAAUAAAUAGCCUACAGUCUGCCAAAGAAAUCCUUUUCAAAGAAAAUAAUACAUAUCAGAGUUGUUUGAGAAUUCAUCCUUUCCAAAUGCCAUAAAGUUCUAUAUUGUUAUUUUCAUGCACUGUGUUUACAGUAGAUUGCAACAUCCUGAAAAUAAGAUAACUGAUUGGUUGGUUUGAUUUCUAAGCGUGUGUCGAUGUAGUCAGACAAGAUAGUAAUAAGUGAGCAGAGAGAGCAGACACUGUUAGGGACAGAGUUACUCUUCACAGGAACACGUUUUCUAACCAUGAUUGAUAAUGUUUCUCAAAUAAGAAUAUUUUUUCUUUCAGGUUUAAAUGAAACAAAUAACCACAGAUUUAUUCUCUUCGAUCUCACUUUAAUGUGUUACUGUGUGAUUUUGCUUGUAAAUAUUACUGUUAUUGUGACCAUCAUCAUGGAUAAAAACCUGCAUGAACCAAUGUACAUAUUAAUAUGUACUUUUUGCAUGAAUUCACUUUAUGGGACAUCUGGUUUCUACCCCAAGCUUCUUUGGGAUCUGCUUUCUCCUGUUCAUGUCAUCUCUUAUUCUGGAUGUCUUGUUCAGGCUCAAGUAGGUGGCUCGUUCGUGUGCAGUGAACUUACUAUUCUUUCAGUCAUGGCGUAUGACAGAUAUGUGGCUAUAUGUCGACCACUGGAGUACCACUCUGUCAUGUCAAAGCAAAGACUCAUUAUGUUAGUGUGUUACUCUUGGAUAGCACCUUUUUGCAUAAUAGGCAUAAUUAUUUUCCUAACAUCUAGACUGAAGUUAUGCAGCCCAUAUAUCGACAAAUUUUUUUGUAUGAACUGGAUGAUUGUUAAACUUGCUUGUUUCCCAGCUGAAACUGCUAUAAACAGCAUAGUUGUAUAUAUCACAGCUAUCAUUUUUUUUUUUCAUGGAUUUUUCAUAGUUCUAUCCUACAUGUAUCUCAUUAAAACAUGUGCAAGUUCGAUUGAAAACAGGUCAAAGUUCAUGCAAACAUGUGUGCCACAUUUAACCUCUUUAUUUGUUUUUCUUGCAACUGUGCUUUUUAAUGUAAUUAUUAUGCGAUUUGGGUCAAAAGAUCUCCCUUCAGCCUUUAAAAACUUUGUUGAAAUAGAAAUUCUUGUCAUACCUCCCUUAAUGAAUCCAUUAAUGUAUGGUUUCAAGUUGACCAAAAUUCGAAACAGAAUUCUGGUUGUCCUUACUUUAAAAAAUAAAUGA